CUCCGACGAGAAGGUUCCCGACCAGCUCGGGGCCAGGCCUUCACCCCAGGCUGCCCCCCGAGGCCGAGAGAGACCGGUACGAGAGAGGCCAGGCCCCGACCUCACUCCCCGGAGGGAGCGGGGCGACUCGCGGAGAUUAGUCCCCGGUCAUAAACAACCUCGCACUUCCCUUCCCCCGCCCCCGGCCCGCCUACGCGGGGGCCGGCCCUCCAAGGCCCUGGCAACUCCUCCGCCGGCCGCGGGCGUGCCUCCUUCCCCCAGCCGGGUGUUUGGUCCUUAACUGAUCGCCGCCUCUCUCGCCCCCCGGGGAAAGGGGUUUGCUACAGCGACCUCGGAAGGGAAGCACUAUGCCCAUCUUACUGUUCCUGAUAGACACGUCUGCCUCUAUGAACCAGCGCAGCCAUCUGGGCACCACCUACCUGGACACGGCCAAAGGCGCGGUAGAGACCUUCAUGAAGCUCCGAGCCCGGGAUCCUGCCAGCAGAGGAGACAGGUAUAUGCUGGUCACUUUCGAAGAGCCUCCCUAUGCUAUCAAGGCCGGAUGGAAAGAAAACCAUGCAACGUUUAUGAAUGAACUGAAAAACCUGCAGGCAGAAGGACUUACGACUCUUGGCCAAUCCCUAAGGACAGCUUUUGAUUUAUUAAAUUUAAAUAGAUUAGUAACUGGCAUAGACAACUAUGGGCAGGGAAGAAACCCCUUUUUCUUGGAACCAGCAAUAAUUAUUACAAUCACUGAUGGGAGCAAGCUGACUACUACCAGUGGGGUCCAGGACGAGCUCCACUUACCUCUUAAUUCUCCUUUGCCUGGGAGUGAGUUGACCAAGGAACCUUUCCGCUGGGAUCAGAGACUCUUCGCGCUGGUGUUGCGCCUGCCGGGCACCAUGUCCGUGGAGUCGGAGCAGCUGACCGGCGUGCCCUUGGAUGACUCUGCGAUCACACCCAUGUGUGAAGUGACAGGCGGCCGCUCAUACUCUGUGUGUUCUCCAAGAAUGCUUAAUCAGUGUCUGGAGUCCUUGGUGCAGAAGGUGCAAAGUGGGGUGGUCAUAAACUUCGAAAAGGCAGGGCCGGAUCCUUCCCCGGUAGAAGAUGGGCAGCCAGAUAUAGCAAGGCCUUUCGGAUCCCAGCCGUGGCAUAGCUGCCACAAACUCAUAUAUGUCAGACCAAACCCUAAAACGGGGGUUCCUAUAGGUCACUGGCCGGUUCCAGAGUCUUUUUGGCCAGAUCAGAAUUCUCCAACAUUACCACCUCGUACGUCUCAUCCUGUAGUGAAGUUUUCCUGUACAGACUGUGAACCAAUGGUUAUUGACAAAUUGCCUUUUGACAAAUACGAGUUGGAACCUUCCCCACUGACUCAGUUUAUCCUGGAAAGGAAAUCUCCUCAAACAUGUUGGCAGGUAUAUGUGAGCAAUAGUGCGAAAUACAGUGAACUGGGUCACCCGUUUGGUUACUUGAAAGCCAGUACAGCGCUGAACUGUGUCAACCUCUUUGUGAUGCCUUACAAUUACCCUGUCCUCCUUCCCCUUUUAGAUGACUUGUUUAAAGUGCAUAAAGCAAAACCAACACUGAAAUGGAGACAGUCGUUCGAAAGUUAUUUGAAGACAAUGCCUCCCUACUACCUUGGGCCUUUGAAGAAAGCUGUUCGAAUGAUGGGGGCACCCAACCUCAUAGCAGACGGCAUGGAGUACGGCCUCAGCUACAGUGUCAUUUCAUACCUCAAAAAACUGAGUCAGCAGGCCAAAAUAGAGUCUGAUCGAGUCAUCGGGUCUGUAGGCAAGAAGGUGGUGCAGGAAACUGGAAUUAAAGUCCGAAGCCGGUCGCACGGUUUGUCGAUGGCCUACAGGAAAGAUUUUCAGCAGCUGCUGCAGGGCAUUUCAGAGGACGUUCCCCACAGACUGCUGGACCUGAACAUGAAAGAAUACACUGGGUUCCAGGUUGCUCUGCUCAACAAGGACUUAAAGCCACAGACAUUCAGAAAUGCAUACGACAUACCAAGACGGAAUCUUUUGGAUCACUUAACAAGAAUGAGAUUUAAUCUGAUGAAGAGCACCCGCAGGUUUCUUAAAGGGCAGGAUGAAGACCAAGUGCACAGUGUUCCUAUAGCACAGAUGGGGAACUACCAGGAAUACCUCAAGCAAGUACCUUCUCCGCUGAGGGAGCUCGACCCUGAUCAGCCUCGAAGGUUGCAUACAUUUGGCAACCCCUUUAAGCUGGAUAAAAAGGGUAUGAUGAUAGAUGAAGCCGACGAGUUUGUGGCUGGGCCUCAGAAUAAACACAAGCGGCCCGGAGAGCCCAACAUGCAGGGGAUCCCCAAACGGCGCCGCUGCAUGUCCCCGCUGCUGCGCGGCCGGCAGCAGAACCCGGUCGUGAACAACCACAUCGGAGGGAAAGGACCGCCCGCCCCCGCGGCUCAGGCACAGCCAGACCUCAUCAAACCCCUUCCUCUUCAUAAAAUUCCAGAAGCUAGUAAUGACUCGACAGUAGACGAUGUGGUUGAGAAUCAUGUUGCCGACCAACUCUCAUCAGACGUCACACCAAAUGCUAUGGAUACAGAAUUUGCAUCACCUUCCCCAGCCGGUUUACUGGAGCGACCGACCAACCACACAGAGGCUUUCGGUCAUGAUCAUUUAGGAACUAACGACCUCGCUGUCGGCGGGUUUUUAGAAAAUCACGAGGAGCCGAGAAAUAAAGUACAGUGCCCCGAAGAGAACACACCAGCGUCCUCGCUCAGCAAGGGGAAGAAGCUGGUGCACUGCAGGAGCCACGAAGAAGUCAACACUGAACUCAAAGCACAAAUAAUGAAAGAGAUUCGAAAGCCAGGAAGAAAAUAUGAAAGAAUCUUCACUUUACUGAAGCACGUGCAAGGCAGUUUACAAACAAGACUAAUAUUUUUACAAAAUGUCAUUAAAGAAGCAUCCAGGUUUAAAAAAAGAAUGCUAAUAGAACAACUGGAGAACUUCCUGGAUGAAAUUCAUCGAAGAGCCAAUCAGAUCAACCAUAUUAAUAGCAAUUAAAAGAAAACAGAAUGUGGCCACUUGUUUCACUAUAUCUUCUCCAAAUACAAAGUAAAUACAAGACUGUUGUGAUUUUGCAUUCAUUUUUUGACAUGCAUUGUUGGCUAUUUGAGAUACUAAGAGCAAGUCUGCAGAUCCUUUUCUCAUCAUUUUACAGUGACCUUUUCUUCAUUUUUGUUUAUUUUUGUAAUGUGAAAAGUAUCACUCUAAAAAAAUUUUUAUUUAACAAACUAAAAAUAUUCCUCCAAAUCUCUUGCUUGUCAUUGACUCUUGCGUGUCAAUUUCCCUCAGGUUCUAUUUUCUUAAACCAACCUUUAAAAUUGUCACCUCUGUUAAGGUUGAACUUUGCCAAAAAAAAAAAUAAAAAAGAAGUUACUUUGUAAUUUUUGGGGAAAAAAGCACAUACAUUAAAACUAGGUAAUGUUUUGUAUAUACAGUUAUUUUGGAUAUAUUAUUGUAAGUUGUACAAAUGUAUUUUGAAGAAUAUUUAAGAAAAGCACUUUUGUUAUUCCAUCAAUAAAUGCUCUAUUUUA